UGUUGUAGGAGGUGGGAACUCGGGGCACGGCAAUCAAGGCAAUGAAGGAAGGGGUGGAGGAAAGGGGCGAGGCAGGAAUGGCGGCGGAAGAGGAAGGCAAUGGAAUGGGCAAGGCCAGGGGUACCAAGGCCAAGGGAGUCAAGGCCAGGGGUACCAAGGCCAAGGGAGUCAAGGCCAGGGGUACCAAGGCCAAGGGAGUCAAGGCCAGGGGUACCAAGGCCAAGGGAGUCAAGGUCAGGGGUGCCAAGGCCAAGGGAGUCAAGGCCAGGGGUACCAAGGCCAGGUCUAUCAAGGCCGGGGGGAUCACGGAAGUCAGGGCCUCGCGACUCCGCGAUGAGCUGAAGGGGAGGUUAUCACGGCGCCUGGUGCCCAAUGUCCAUCUGGGUACGAUCCUGCCCAAGGAGGCAGAGUGGGCAGAGUCAGGUACGAAGAUGGACUGGAAGUGCGUAGCCUGUGGUACGGUGGAUUUGAUGGUGAAGGGUUCCAAGUGCGCAACAAUGGUGGACACCGGGGUAGAGAUGAACAUUAUUCGGGAGGUGGACGCGAUCAGAUUCGGGCUAGAUAUAGACCGUUCUGACUGCGGUAUUCUGCAUGGAGCCAGCUGUAAGGCCAUGUUUUGCGGGACAACCUCGAAUGUGCUCGUCGAGGUUGGAAAGGUGAAGGCCAGGUCAUGCUUCUUCAUAAUGCCAGACGUGGACCAUGGAAUCCUCCUGGGGAGGUCAUUCCUAAGCAGGACAGAAACCGUGAUGUUUAACAAACAUGAUGGCACGUUGAUCCUCCUCUUAUGCGAUCCUGCCUGCGGAAAUUAUGAAAUAACUACUUGCAGGAACACCGGGCCAAGGAGUAUAAGGAACCGGCCCAAUCUAGGAUCAUUCACAAUCGAGGAGUCGGAAGGGGAGCGCAGGAGGCUCUGGGCAGAGCCCGAAGCAGGAGAGGGGGUGGAAGCAUUUUCCCUCAGCCUGUCAGAUGUUGGGAAGGCCAUGGACCUGGUGGCCGCGCAUGAGAUGGCAGAUCCGGAUGCCAUCCAGGCCUUGAGGGAACAAGUUCUGGAAUGCCCUGAGGCAGGAAGGUUGGAAUUGGUAUAUCUGCUCCCAGGCAGUGGAGGGAACCCCGCAUCAGCGCAAACACAAUCUGAAGGGGAGGCGGUGGAGAAUACGCCCCCAGUUGAUGGAUUUCUGGAUCAGGAAGAAGAUGUUCGUCUCCAUAUCAAUAAGUGGUCGCCGCGCGUGCCCAACUGUGUAGGCUAUCCUAUUUGGCAAGCGCCGAGCGGAUAUGAAAGGAGGACCGAGCUGGUCCUCAAACCCUUUAAAGAAGAGGAUCCCGGGGGCGGCAAGGAUGUUCAGUGGAUGAUGGAAUUAGCGCUGACCAGCUCGCAUAGCCUAGUGGAGGAUAUGAGGACGAUUGAGGAAGGACAUGGCCAGGUAGAACGACAUGAGGACCUGAUGGGAGGAAUGUAUCUCCUCGUCAAUACGUUAUUGCAGGAAAGCCUAGACCAGUCAGGCUUGUUGAACCCGAGAGGGAAUGUGGACGAAAUACCCGAGAGCCAGGACGACGAGUUCGAGGAAGGGGGAAUUAAGGAAGCUUUUCGUGCAGAGGAGUACGGCGGGAUCUACCUAGAGCUGGGGCUUCUUCUGUCAUGUGAAAUGCGGCUAAGAGAUGCGAGCGAUAGGGCUCAAAGGAUGCUGCAACGCUACUUAGUGCGAGACGGUCACCUUUUCGUAAGAAGGGAAGUGGGGAAUCCCAGGAGGGUCGUCUGCGGUAGGAAUCGUCAGAUCGACGCCGUAGCAACACUACACGAUGGCAUUGCAGGAAGGCAUCGAGGGGUACAAGCCACGUAUGCCAAGAUAAGUGAGCUGUACUACUGGGAUGGAAUGAUGGACAUGGUCGAAAAAUUCUGUCGAUCUUGCGUACCCUGCCAGGAGAGAUCCCGUUUAAGGCAGGGAGAGCCGCUGCAUCCAAGGUUAGAGCGAGAGCUAGGGGCCGUAGUGCAUCUCAAUCUGCUUUUUAUGCCACUUGGGGAUCAGGGCUAUAACUAUAUCUUCGAUGCGCGCGAUAACGUGUCUGGGUUCGUAGACGGGCGUGUUAUUCGCACAAAGACCGGGUCAGUCCUGGUGAGCUGCAUCGAGGAGUACUACCUGCAUUAUCCCUUCGUCAGGGAAUUUGUAAUGGACAGGGGAUCAGAGUUUACUUGCCAGGAGGUGCAAGAACUGUUAUCAAGGUCUGACUUUACGAAGACAGCCACGCCAAGAGGAGGGAAGGGGACACGGCCGCCUCAGAGGCCGUUGGGCGCAUCAGAAGGAUAUGAGCGGCAUGGGCCUCACCAUCGAGAGAGUACUCCAGUCUACAAUGAUGGGGACAUCGAGCUAUUCCUGGACAGUUUCUGGGAGCAUGCGAGGCGUAUGGGACGGACCGUCGCUCAGGCGAUUGAGAGAUUGAGGGGAGCAGGUAGGUUCAAAGAGCCCAUUACCAGGAUUCGUAGGGAGGCGACGACGAGGCAGGAGGUGGAGAUGAGGAUGGAGGAGUUGCGAUCCUCGUCUGUGGGACCUGAUGGCAGGCCGAUCCGCCUGGAGAUUGGAAAUGCGUCGGACUUCAUCCCCGCGUUUGAGUGAUUCAUGCAAGAGCAGGGCAUACUGAGAGAUGAUUGGAUACAGACGCUGCCACUCUG